AAAAAUUCCCUGAAAGAAGAUAAGGAGGCACAGUGGAAUACGCUGCAGCUGAAAAGCCACCAGACAGAGACCUCUCCAUUCAACACCUCCGCUGGGAAGAAAGUUGGAUUUGAGUCACCUCUGGAGACAAAGCUAGUCCUGGGUUGCUCGAAAUGUCUCUACCUUGGCUGAUAACUCUGAGUUGCCUUUCAGCUUCACUUUUCCCUGCAACUCUUGGCACCCAAAGAAGAGAAGCCUGCAACUGCAAUGGGAAGUCCAGACACUGCAUCUUCGACCUUGAGUUACUCAGGCGACAGGGAAAUGGGUAUCGGUGCCUCAACUGUAUUGACAACACGGAUGGAAUAAACUGUGAGCGAUGCAAAGAGGGCUUCUAUCGUCGGUCUCAACAAGAUCGUUGCAUGCCCUGCAACUGCAACCUCAGAGGUUCUGUCAGUGCACAGUGUGAUAACCAUGGCCGGUGUCACUGCAAACCUGGUGUGACAGGUGAUAAAUGUGACCGAUGCCAGCAUAAUUUCCAUUCCUUCUCUGAGGCUGGCUGCAUAGCUGUUGGGCAAAUACAGAACUCUCAGUGUAAUUGUGAUCCAUCUGGAAGCACAGGGCAGUGCGUUUCUGGACGCUGUGUCUGCAAGACUGCAGUUGCAGGAGAGCGAUGUGACAGAUGCAAGCAGGGCUAUUAUAACUUAAAUGCAAGGAAUCCAGAGGGCUGUUCUCCAUGUUUUUGUUAUGGACAUUCAACUACAUGUUCCAGUGGGAAAAAUUAUAGUGUGUAUAAAAUUACAACUACAUUUCAACAAGGUGAUGAAGGUUGGCAAGCUCAAGAAAAUGGAUCCCCAUUACAGCUCCAAUGGUCUCCACAGCACAAGGAAAUCUCUGUGGCUUCUAGAAGGCAGGGUUCCAGCUAUUUUGUAGCUCCAGCCAGAUUCCUUGGGAACCAGCAGCUGAGUUAUGGACAGAUGCUGUCUUUUGAUUAUCGAGUGAACCGACCUGGAUUUCGCCCUUCACAGCACGACGUCAUCUUGGAAGGAGCUGGCUUAAGAGUCAUGACCCAAUUCCCAUCUAAUGGCAGGAUGUUGCCUUGUGGAAUCAGCAAGACAUACACAUACAGGUUAGAUGAACACCCAAGUAGUAACUGGAGCCCUAGGCUUAGUAACCUUGAGUAUCAUCAGUUAAUUGGGAAUUUGUCAUCAAUUCGAAUCAGAGCCGCUCAUGGAACUGUCCCAGGAUACCUCAGUAAUGUCAUUUUGGUUUCGGCACGGCCAAGCACUGGCUCUCUGGCCCCCUGGGUGGAGCAAUGUGCAUGUCCAACUGGAUACCAGGGGCAAUUCUGUGAGAAGUGUGCUUCAGGAUACAAGAGAGAGAAUUCACGAAACUUUGGGGCCUUCAGGCAAUGUGUGCUGUGUCAGUGUAAGGGAGGAGGAACUUGUGAUUCAGAAACAGGAGAGUGUUAUGCUGGAGAUGAAACCCUGGACCAUAUAAGUACUGCUUGCCCAACUGGGUUUUACAGCCUUCCUUGGGACUCAAAGAACUGCCAACCAUGCCCAUGCCAAAGUGGUUAUGGUUGCUCAGUCUUGCCGGGCACACAGGAAGUUGUUUGUAACAGGUGUCCUCCAGGAACUGGUGGUUCUCGCUGUGAGUUUUGCACCAAUGGUUAUUUUGGAAACCCCUUGGGUGGGAGUGGACUAGUACGACCCUGCCAGCCAUGUCGGUGUAACACUGUCGACCCAAAUGCUUCAGGGACUUGUGACCGCUUGACAGGGGAAUGCAAGUGCAAGGAUGGAUUCUUUGGACAAACUUUAUCCACAAACCCAGCAGAGAAAUGCCAAGCUUGUAAUUGCAAUUCAGUAGGUUCUGAGCCCCUACAGUGUCGUAAUGAUGGCAGCUGCAUUUGUAAGCCAGGAUUUGAAGGGCCUAGCUGUGAACACACCCGUUGUCCAAUCUGCUACCAUGAAUUGAAGACUCAGAUAGAUCAAUACCUCCAGCAGCUGCAGGGACUUGAGAUAUUUGCUUCUCGAGUCCAGACAAGUGGACAGCCAGCAGAUUACAUUGAGCUGGAAAGGAAAAUGAGGGAAGCAGAGGAACUGCUCCAGAGGAUUUUGAGAGACACAGAAAUUUUACAAGCUACUGGCAGGGCUUUGGGAAACCGAUUUUCUAAGGCGAAAUCCCAAGAGUUCACUUACCGGAGUCAUCUGGAUGAGAUAAAUGAAAUAGCCAGUAGGAUGAACUCUCUGCGCAAUCAGUACCAGAGUCAGGUGCAAGAUGUCCAGAGGCUGAUUGAGAAAGCCUACUUGGAUUUGGAUCAGAGUAAAGCAAAGAUAGAAGGCGUGAUUGUGCCAUCUCCAGAUGCCACCGGAAGUGGUUCGAACAGGUUCUUAAUCUUAGCCAACGAAGCCAUGAAAUUAGCAAACAGUCAUCUGCAGCUGGCAGAUACCAUUGAGGAAGCAACUAGGGCAGCAGAAGAUGCCUCCCAAGAAGCACUGGCAUUGCUGCAGGCCUUUGCAAGUGGAGAAGGUAUUGGGACAACCUCUGUGCAAGGGCUCCAGAAAAAAUAUGAUGAGCUGAAGCUGCUGACAAAGGAACUGGAGGCUGAUGCUAGCCAAGCUGCAUCUAACGCUGAAAGGGUCUAUCAAGAUAGCCAGCAGCAGUUUGGCUCCCUGACUCGUUUAACAAAGAUUGACACAAAGCUUUUUCAGGAGGAGGCUGGACAGCUCCAGCAGAAAAUGGACUCUUUAUCAGGCUUCAUAGAGACUUACCUGGUAGAGUACAAGCAGCUGAAAAACAACUUAGGGCAGUGGGAGGAAGAGAUCAAACUGUUAUUGGAAAAAGGACAAAAUGACAGACAGUCAUUAGUUCAAUUGUUGUCUCGUGUCAACCUUGCCAAGCAACAAGCCCAGCAGGCAGUGAGUGCUGGUGAUUCUGCUUUCAAUGAUGUUGAGAAUAUCUUGAAGAAGCUGAGGGAUUUAAAUAUUCAAGUAGGUGACAAGCAAAAAGAAGCCUUGGAUGCUAUGCAAAGAUUACCAAUCAUCAUCAAUAAAGUUGUGAGCACCCGUGAAAAACUGAGGCGUGUAGAAGCAGCCCUGGGCAAAGCUGUUAAUGAAGCAGAGGCAGCCAGGAGAAUGUCUGGUGAAGCAAGGGAGAUUGCUGGGAACAUUGAUCAGGAGAUCGGAAGGCUGGCCUUGGAAGCAAAUCGGACAGCAGAUGGUGUGCUUGUCUUGGAGAGUGGGAUCAUGUCUCUGAAGCAUGAGGUCAAACUUGUGGGGGAAGAACUGCAAGAAAAGGCAAAGAAGAUUGACAUGGAUGCCUCCAUGGCUCAAGGGAUAACUGAGGCAUCCCAGACAGCCAGAACCAAGGCUGUCAGUACUGCGAAUGCUGUCCAAGACAUACUCAGAUUCCUAGAAGAUGUUUCUCGCACGAUAGGACAACCAGAGGAUGUGGAUGAGCAAAGUGUGAACAGGCUUGAAACUGAUCUUGGCAAUGCAAGAACAAGAAACAACCAGUUGAAACAAAUGAUGCUGCAGCUGGAGGAAACAGCCAGCCGGCAGAAGCUUCGAGUCCAGAUGCUGGACAGUAGCAUUACUGAGAUCCUUGUAAAUAUCAAGAACUUGGAGGUGAUCCAGGAUACUCUUCCUCCAAAAUGUUACAAUGUACAAGCCAUUGAGAGACCUUGAAGACCUUGUUGGGAAAGCAGACGUCCAUCAACCCCAUUUACCAAGCCAUAAACAAACAUCAGGGUUAGAGAAAUGAUUUUGGGGUGAAAUGAAGAGAUGCCUGCCUUACAAAAAUGGCUGCUUGUGACUCUACUGACCAGGUCCCUUGGGAGGCUUGUUCAUCAGGUUGGGAUGGCAAUUCCCUUACUCUGCCUUCUGAGGCAACCGCUACCUUUCAGCAGCAGCACAAUUUGAAAGGAAUAUAAUUCAAGACACCACCCCCCACUGAAAAACAAGGGGGAAACAGUCUGAUCAUAUGACAGAGAAGCCAACUGUAAAGAACACAGUGUGGAAGAGGCUGGAUAAAUAGGAUAUGUAUCUUCCAAUAUAUAAAACCUUAUGUAUUUUUUCUG